AUGCUCGCUAGGAUCUCGACAGCCCAACAAUUUGCUUCCUCGUCCGCCAACGCGCCACUGCGAGCUUCGUCUCCGCGUCAACACACACGUUCGGCACAGGUGGCUACCCGAUCAAGGUGGCUCUCCACAUCAUCCGGCCUUCUGUCUCCAGCAUCUUCCUCCAAGGCACAGUCGCAGACCGCCUCGUACCCAUCCACCUCCACCUCAUCAUCGAAUGCUUUUGCACCGUUCUCCUCUACACCAAACCCGUUCUCUGCUAGCAAUGCCUCCCGUACAGAGCAAACCGAGACUGCAAGCGUGGACCCAGCGUGCGCGACCCUCUCGCCUUCUUCGCCCGCGUCGCCAAAGUCGCAGAAGGAUCCGCGCGUAGCCGCUCACUCUGCUGCCGCCGGACAGCCCGCUCCGACUCCCUCGCCUGCAACACCCGCACCCAGCGCCUCGGAUCCGGCACCCUCCUCGUCGACCCUCACGCCUUCAAAAGCAGCCGAACUGGCAAAGGAUCCCAAGGUAGCCGCCACCAUGCCCGAAGCAUCUUCCGCCACACCCACUGCGCCAAAAAAGGCAGCUGCAGAUCGAGGCACCAAGUUCCGCUCGCGCACCGCGGCGCUCAAGCUCACGCCCACCGCCGUGCUUCGUCUGCGCGCGCUGAUGGAGUCCGACUCGGGUCCCAAGCUGAUCCGCGUCGGCGUGCGCAACAAGGGCUGUGCCGGCAUGUCGUACCACUUGGAAUACAUCAAGCCGGAAGAAGCGGGCCGAUUCGACGAGCGCGUCAAGCAGGACGGCGUCGAGGUGCUCAUCGACAGCAAGGCUCUCUUCAGCAUCAUCGGCAGCGAGAUGGAUUGGCAGGAGGACCGUCUCAGCGCCAAGUUCGUGUUUAACAAUCCUAACGUCAAAGAGGCGUGCGGGUGCGGGGAGUCGUUCCUCACCUAG